AUGGCAGGCUGCAUCCCGCUGCUCCGGGGCCUGGUCCUGGUCCUCGCCCUCCAGCGUGCGGAGCCCUCAGUGCUCAGUCUUGAGAACAGACACGGACUCCAUCCUGACUCUGCCUGCACAGAUGUCCAGGAAAGCUAGAAGUCAAACACCCAGCUAUUUCUCCCGGCCUCCAAAGCAAACAACGUUCUCGUGAGGUGGAAGCGUGCGGGCUCCUAUCUCCUGGAAGAACUCUUCGAGGGAAACUUGGAAAAAGAAUGUUACGAAGAAAUCUGUACCUAUGAAGAAGCAAGAGAAGUGUUCGAAAAUGAAGUAGUCACUGAUGAAUUCUGGAGACGAUAUAAGGGUGGCUCCCCGUGCAUCUCCCAGCCCUGCCUCCACAACGGAUCUUGUCAGGACAGCAUCUGGGGCUACACCUGCACCUGCUCCCCCGGCUAUGAGGGCAGCAACUGCGAGCUGGCUAAAAAUGAAUGUCACCUGGAGCGGACUGAUGGGUGUCAACACUUCUGCCUCCCAGGACAGGAAUCCUACACGUGCAGCUGUGCUCAAGGCUACAGGCUUGGUGAGGACCGCAAACAGUGCAUUCCCCACGACCAGUGUGCCUGUGGGGUGCUGACCUCCGAGAAGCGUGCACUGGAUCUACAGGAUCUCCCGUGGCAGGUAAAGUUAACAAAUGCCGAAGGAAAAGACUUCUGUGGUGGUGUUAUAAUACAGGAAAACUUUGUACUGACAACAGCAAGAUGCUCACUGUUACACAGGAAUAUUAGUGUAAAAACAUAUUUUAACAGAACGAGCCAAGACCCACUGAUGAUCAAGAUAAUGCGUGCCCAUGUGCACAUGUGGUAUGACGCGGACACGGGGGAGAAUGACCUGUCACUGCUGGAGCUGGAGUGGCCCAUCCAGUGCCCAGAUGCGGGGCUCCCCGUGUGCACCCCUGAGAACGACUUCGCUGAGCACCUCCUCAUCCCACGCACUGGGGGCCUCCUCAGUGGCUGGGCACGCAAUGGCACUGACCUGGGCAACUCGCUGACCACGCUGCCUGUCACACUUGUGGAGGGGGAGGAGUGCGGGCAGGUCCUGAAUGUGACCGUUACCACCAGGACCUAUUGUGAGAGAAGCAGUGUGGCGGCCGUGCACUGGAUGGAGGGAAGUGUGGUCACCAGAGAGCACAGAGGCUCCUGGUUCCUCACAGGGGUCCUGAGCUCGCAGCCAGCAGGAGGGCAGGCUCGCAUGGUCCUUGUCACCAAGGUCUCCAGGUACUCACUCUGGUUUAAACGGAUCAUGAACUAACUGAAACCCAGCCAGAAAGAACACAACCUGAAGUGGGAUUCCAAGCUUGCACUGCCACCAUGGAGAGCACUGAAACUUCACCACACGCUUAGAGGCCGUCACAGUCCCGGGCCACCGCUCAGCCCCAGGCCACCUGCUCAGCCCACGGAGCAGCAGAGCCGCCCUUGCUGGGCCAUUUACCGAGCACUGUGACUUUUCUUUCCCUGGAUCUCCUUCUCUCAAUAGAGAC